AGGUGUUGAUUUAGUUACUCAUUGUAAUUAGCUUAAAACAAACACAAGUACUGCAUCUCCUUAUUAAGAAUACCGCCAACGCGCGUGUUACAGCUGGAGCCGCAAACCGAAGGUGCACCGAACACCGGGUGCAACAACCCUUUGUGAAGACAUCAGUAGCGCACGCCAUAUACCUGUCGUCGGCGGAGCCACAGCCUGUGGCAGCAGGGUUAUAACACCAGUUGUUUACAGUGAACGACUAAUAAAAUACUCGCUACUGUCUUCCACGCUAAUAACCAAUCCGCAAUCAGCAUUCCCCUGGGACUGCCGUGGCUGUUUUUCUCUCUCUCUUUAUGUGGUGUGGCUUUAAGUGGUGGAGCGCGUUUCCGGGACGUCAGAGAGCUUCGUUUUACUAGUGCCGUGGAUGUGGUGUUUUGUGGUUCUAAGGCAAGACCUGUUUUAUGCUGUUUUGUGGGUUUUACAUUCUGAUUGUGCCGCCUUAGCAGCGGCAGCUACAGUCACCCGCAGAUAAGGUGUUGUCCUUGGCUGGCUGUACUGAUUCUGAGGACCUUGGUGGAGCAGCUGUACAGCCACACUGCUGAUGUCAUUGUUUUGAUUUGUGCUGUUCCUGGCUUUCAUACAAUCUGACUACAUGUUAGUAAGGAUGGUGGGUGUUUAGCUGCCUGUGGGCAACAGAGCAUCUUGUAGGUCAUUUUGCUUACGGCUGCAGCAUUUGUUUGGGGCUGCAUACUUUGGCUUGAUGGUUUGUUGACUGACUGCCCGAAGAAGGAGCAUAAAUAAUGUGGGUGAAUCCUGAGGAAGUGUUAAUGGCCAGCGCGCUGUGGGUCACGGAGAGGGCCAAUCCUUAUUUUAUACUGCAGAGGAGAAAAGGACACGGAGAUGGAAUGGGAGGACUCGCGGGUCUUUUGGUGGGCACACUUGAUGUUGUGCUGGACUCCAAUGCCAGGGUGGCACCUUACCGUAUCCUCUAUCAGACACCAGAAUCCAUAUAUUGGACUGUUGCUUGUGGAAGUACAAGAAAAGAAAUCACUGAACACUGGGAGUGGCUUGAACAAAAUCUAUUGCAAACGCUUUCCAUUUUUGAAACUGAAAAAGACAUUACUACCUUUGUAAAAGGAAAAAUACAGGGCAUUAUAGCGGAGAUAAGCAAAAAUAGCGAUAUUAAGGAAGAUGAUGACACUGCUAAAUUCAAGGAAGCCACUAUGAAGUUUCGCAGACUGUACGGGAUGCCAGAAGAAGAAAAGCUUGUUAAUUACUAUUCCUGCAGUUACUGGAAGGGGAAGAUGCCUCGACAGGGCUGGAUGUAUCUUAGCAUCAACCAUCUCUGUUUUCAUUCUUUUAUGAUGGGGAAAGAAGCAAAGUUAGUGAUUCGAUGGGUUGACAUUACACAACUUGAGAAAAAUGCUACCUUACUUUUUCCUGACACAAUAAAGGUGAGCACAAGAUCACGUGAACACUAUUUUUCUAUUUUCUUGAGCAUCAAUGAAACAUUCAAGUUGAUGGAACAACUUGCCAACAUUGCUAUGCGACAGCUUCUGGAUAAUGAAGGCUUUGAACAGGACAAAUCACUACCUAAACUGAAGAAGAAAUCCCCCAAAAAGGUGUCUGCUUUGAAGAGGGAUCUUGAUGCUAGAGCCAAAAGUGAAAGAUAUCGAGCAAUUUUCCGAUUACCAAAGGAUGAAAAGUUAGAUGGACAUACAGACUGCACUUUAUGGACACCAUUUAAUAAAAAGCACAUUGUUGGGCAAAUGUUUGUUUCCACAAAUUAUAUCUGCUUCACCAGCAAAGAUGAACAGCUCUGCAGUCUAAUUAUUCCGCUUAGAGAGGUGACGAUUGUGGAAAAGGCAGACAGCUCCAGUGUGUUGCCCAGCCCUCUGUCUAUCAGCACAAAAAACAGAAUGACAUUCCUUUUUGCAAACUUAAAGGACAGAGACUUUCUGGUGCAAAGAAUUUCUGACUUCCUACAACAGACUACCUCAAAAAUUUACAGCGAGAGAGACAUUUCUGGCAGUUACAACAAUUCUGAUGAUGAGGUGCUUUCACAGAUGAGCAGCAUCAUUUCAUCAAGUCCCCAGAGAAGCCUUGGCUCAGAAGAUAGUGAACGCCAGUUCAACCUGAAUGACAGCAGUGUUCCGACAGCCACCCAGACCCUGAUGACAAUGUAUCGUAGGCGAUCACCCGAGGAAUUCAACCCUAAACUGGCAAAAGAGUACCUCAAAGAGCAGGCUUGGAAGACAAACUUUGCAGAGUAUGGCCAGGGUGUUUGCAUGUAUCGUACAGAGAAAACUAGAGAUCUUGUACAGAAAGGCAUUCCAGAAAGCAUGAGGGGAGAACUUUGGUUACUACUAUCAGGUGCUGUUAAUGAGAUGGCCACACAUCCUGGUUACUAUGAAGACUUGGUGGAGAAGUCCAUGGGGAAGUAUAACCUUGCUACAGAAGAAAUUGAACGGGACCUACAUCGCUCACUUCCUGAGCACCCUGCUUUUCAGAAUGAAAUGGGAAUUGCAGCUCUUAGAAGAGUGCUGACUGCAUAUGCUUUUAGAAAUCCAAACAUUGGUUACUGUCAGGCAAUGAACAUUGUUACAUCUGUCCUGUUACUGUAUGCAAAAGAGGAAGAAGCUUUCUGGCUCCUUGUCGCCUUGUGUGAAAGAAUGCUACCCGAUUACUACAACACCAGAGUUGUCGGUGCACUGGUGGAUCAGGGUGUGUUUGAAGAUUUGGCACGCGACUAUAUCCCACAGCUUUAUGACUGUAUGCAGGAUUUGGGAGUCAUCUCUACCAUCUCUUUGUCAUGGUUCCUGACUUUGUUCCUCAGCGUCAUGCCAUUUGAAAGUGCUGUGGUUGUGGUUGACUGUUUCUUCUAUGAAGGAAUUAAAGUGAUUUUUCAGCUUGCUCUCGCUGUCCUGGAUGCUAAUGUCGAUAAGCUGCUAAACUGCAAAGAUGAUGGGGAAGCCAUGACUGUCCUUGGAAGGUACCUGGACAGUGUAACAAACAACGACAGCACCCUGCCUCCUAUUCCUCACCUACACUCCCUGCUCAGUGAUGGUAAAGACCCUUAUCCAGAGGUCGACGUUUUCAAACUCAUUGCAACUUCUUAUGAGAAAUUUGGUACAAUCAGAGCAGACAUGAUUGAACAAAUGAGAUUUAAGCAGAGACUGAAGGUAAUCCAGACACUUGAAGAUACAACAAAGCGAAAUGUGGUGCGAACUAUUGUGACGGAGACUUUAUUCACCUUGGAUGAACUAGAAGAACUCUAUGCACUUUUUAAGGCUGAACACCUGACCAGUUGUUACUGGGGUGGGAACACCACUGCUCCAGAUCGACACGAUCCCAGUCUGCCUUAUUUGGAGCAGUACCGCAUUGAUUUUGAGCAAUUCAAAGGACUCUUUAUAUUAUUGUUUCCAUGGGCAUGUGGAACUCACUCUGACAUCUUAGCUCAUCGUAUGUUCAGAUUACUGGAUGAAAACAGAGACAGUCUGAUAAACUUCCGUGAGUUUGUCACAGGACUGAGUAUUGCAUGUCAUGGGGACCUCACUGAUAAACUCCGACUGCUGUACAAGAUGCAUGUGCUGCCUGCAGCUGAACACGAUGAACCUGAGUCUGCUUUUGAAGCUACUAAAUAUUUUUUUGAAGACAUAACACCAGAAUGCACUCAUGUUGUAGGUGUCAACUCCAGGGUGAAACAAGAACUAGAAGACGGGUUUGUUACAGUAAGCCUAAAGACAGAAAGAGGUAAAAAGGCAAGUUUGCAGGACAAUCAGAAUUACCUAAGACUGUGGGCUAAAGAUGAUAAAUCAAAAAUGAAAGGCUCAAAUGAUCUCCCCAAGCUUAAUCAGGAACAGUUUAUUGAAUUGUGCAAGACCCUGUACAACAUGUUUAGUGAAGACCCCAGUGAACAGGAGCUGUACCAUGCGACAGCUACUGUAACCAGCCUUCUCCUAGAGAUUGGCGAAGUUGGCAAACUCUUCAGCAGCCAGAUGUCUUUGGAACAGGAUGGGGAGCAAGGCCAUAGAUCUCACAGCGAACAGUAUUGUCACAAAAUAGCAGACUCAUUCCAAACUAUCCUAAAUGCUGAGGAUGAAGAAACACUUUGUGUUGAGCAUGCUUUGUGUAGUCAAAUGGAAGAAAUUAAGCUGGAAGACUCUUCACCCAAAGACACUGCUGCAACAUCAGCAAUGCAUACGUCAGAUGACGAAACCAAAGAUGACAGCUCAAUGUCUUCAUAUUCUGUAUUAAGUGCUGGUUCACAGGAAGAUUACAAGCUUCACUGUGAGGACAUUGCGGAUGACACAGUGCUGGUACGUAACAAUCACAGUACUUCUCUUCCCAACAGUAGCAGCAUAGACAGAGACUGGACCAUAACCUUUGAACAGUUUUUAGCAUCUGUAUUGACUGAGCCAUUCCUGGUGAAGUACUUUGAAAAGCCUGUUGAAAUGCUGCCCAGGAUCACCACGGCCAAGAAUGUGAGAGUAAUGGGCAAGCAGAUACUGACCAGUGACUACGACAUUUCCCCCAUCUCAGGAUGAAAUGCACAAAUGCUGGGUGGUAGUCGCAUUUCAGCAAAGAAAAAUGACUUACCUCUGUACAUAAGGCAGAUCUGUUAUAUACUGUAUCAUUCGGCUGUUUUUGACUUCAGACUUGUGUCCUUGUUGCUGUGAGUUCUGACUUCAUUAUAAAUGGUAAAACAUGAUUUUAUCUUUUAAAGGAUGGUAUUGCAGACACAUUUAGUAGGACAGUUAUAGUGGUAAUGCAACAUUUGUCAUGAAUACAGUGUGCUACCAGUCACAGUUACCUUUCUUUAACCUUAAUAAUAAAAUGUCUUUCUUGUUCCAGUACUGCCAUUUCGUGUAAAAACACCAAAGCCAUGCCACAUGUAUUUACCUUAAGAUGAAUGAUGCUUACCUGCCCUUUACUGUGUAGUUACUUUGUGACAAAGUCUACUCUGAUACUAUUAGAAUUAUUUUAUUUUAACAGCUAAGUAGCAUUUUAAGAGUUGCUUCCACACCAUUUUUAAUAUGCGAGAUUGAAUUUAUUUUCUGAUAUCUGUGGUUCAUAUUUAUCCAUGCAGUGUGACAGCAAACAUUUGAUGACUUUGAAAGAGAGUCCUUCCAGUUCCUUGUAUCACCCUUUUCCAUGACAGUCGUACAUAAAACUUUCAUUAUUUUGUCAUCCUGUGUUAUUUGAAGACAUAACAAAGACUGUUUGACUGUGACUUACAAUCUGUAGUGUUACACUUUGUACGCAUUAACAUUCGAUAUUACAUAGAUACAGUAUAUACACGAUGUUUGUAAAUUAUUAGUGCAAACUACAAUCGGUAAUGUACUGCUGUGUUUUAGAGUAAAACUAGACACCGUGACACUUUAUACAAUUAUAUUAAAACUUUGUUCAUUCUGUACUGUUGUACAUAAGACCAGAGCACCUGCACUUUGAAUCUUCUUUCUUUCCUUAACACAAAUGUUUUUAAGAUUUAUUUUAAUAUUUAUUUAUACUUUCCUGGAGAACAUCGUUGCUGUCUUUUAAUUUUUUGUCUAGUUAUGUGAUCUAUUUCUGAACUGAAAUAUUGUACAGACAGUGCAUGUGUCUGACAUGAACUGUAAAGGAAACUGAAGCUGCUAUUUUAAUUCGUUUCUGUUUACAGUAACCUUUUUACCUGUCUAGUUUGUGUUUAUUAACUACAUUGUGUGAAUAUAAAGAAAAGGAUAUAUAACAAGGUAUUAGCAUAUAUGCACGACAGACUGAUGUAAUUUUUUUAUUAGGCUAUUGACAUUUGUAAUGUCUAAUAAAAAAUAAAGUAUAUAAACAUUUUGGACAAUA